AAAGAGUCUACCUUGACGUGGUGGCAGGCUUAAUAAUCCUCUGGCCAAAAGUGUUUCAUUUAUUUUUAUAGCUCCCAUUCCUGUGUGGCCUUUAUACUGUGCGGUGGGGAGGGAGUGGGGGCCAAAUAAUUAUAUUAUAUGGGGUCCUAUGAUUUCUAAUGGUGGCCCUGGGUGCAGCAACCAAAUUGAGCUUUGAACCUUGACACUUUCGAUUUAGUUUAAGGGCUCCAUUAAGCAGAACAAUAAAGAGCAGCCUGGGAGGAAAUUAACCGAUGAGGCGAAAUAUUCAUUAAAUAUACACUAUAUAGUUUUGUAUUGAAGUGAUCACUACUGAUAAAAAUUAGACCUGGGAUCCACUGCCAGAUUCAUACAAAUAGACCCUCAUUUUUUGAUUUUGGGUGAUUUUACAUGCAGUGUUGUUUUUUAAUAGCCUAAACACACAACACCAAAACACCCAACUUUGCCCUUUUUUCUGGGCUACUACAAAAUGCUAUGGAUAAGCCCCAAAUCCCUCAUGCCAUUGCCCGUAGACAAAGAUUUCUAUAUCCACAUUACAGAAUGGACACUUGCCCACACUCUUGUCACAUGUUUAAAGGUCAAACUUAACUUAUUUAUUACACAUAUUUAGAAAGCACGAACAUAUUCCUCAAUGCUGUACAAUCAAUGGAUUUACACAUUAAAUUUACAAGAAUACAGAAUGCCCAAAAGGAAACCUCAGUAUGUUGUAGAUGGACAUAAUGAAAGCAAUUUAGAAGUUAUUUGCAUCAAUCUGUCCUCUGAUUCCUGGUGUCAGUGAUUGUAAGACUAGAUUUUUGCUAAUGGCACAAGCUACUGCUAUUGGUUGUAUGUCUCACUGCUGCUAGUCACAUGAUUCUCCUGAGUAAACUGUUGGUUGUCAACUGCCACUGCCCAACUGUCUUUUGGACGGUGGAGAGAGAGGGAGCGAGCGAGAGAGAUUGCCACAUCGGAUGCUAUAAAAGAAGACAAAUUUUGGAUAAAACGACAUAGAAUUACAAUAAAAGGAGAAGGAGAAGGAAGGCGAAGAUGAAGAAGAGGAAAAAGAGGAGUUUGACUCCAGAAGAGAGAGAACUUCCACAGGAUGAAAGUGGGAAGAAGAAGGAGAAGAAAGCCAAGAAGCAAGAUGCAGAUGAGAAGACCAACUCCAGUCGAAAUAGGAAGAAGAGACGCACUGAGAGUAAAAAAACAAUCCAUGUUGGGGAGAAGCCCCCUGAAGAUGGAAGGAAUAAAAGAAAAGCUGUAAGAAAAGAUCAAACAAAGAAGAGAAAAGAAAGUCUCUCAGAUGUGACCAGUAAACCUGAGAGCAAGAAGAGAAAACAAGAAGAGAAAGAAGAAACAACUAAAAGUAAAAAGAAAACCGGCUUAGAAGAGAUGAAAAUUCCUCAGAGCAGCAGAAGAAGGAAGGAGCAGGACAAGAGGAAAAGACCAAGGAGCCCAGAAGAUCCAUUGGAAGGUGGAAGUGGAAGUGCACCGAAGAAAUCCCAUGUGGAUGAGAAAAGACCAGCCCCCCUGGACAUACAGAGGUACAAAUUCCACCAAGAGCUAGGAGAAGGCACGUUUGGACAGGUGAUGUUGGCAUCAUAUACACCGAAGAAACAACUUGUGGCAAUGAAGACGGUGCCAAAACAACCCAGCAAGGGCAACUAUACCUGCAUCAUGAAGGAGGCCCGACUCUUGAAGAUCGCCAGAGGAUGCCCCUUUCUAUGCCAUUCUCAUGCCACGUUCCAGUCCGAGCUGCAUGCCUUCUUUGUGCUCGAGUAUGCCGGCGGGGGAACACUGCACAAAGUUAUUGGAGACCAAGGAAAUCUGUCAAUGAAGAACAUCCAAUUCUACACUGCAGAGAUGGUGAUAGCCCUACAGUUCCUUCACUCCAAUGGCAUCAUUCACCGUGAUCUGAAGCCUGAAAACAUCUUGGUGGAUAACAACGGGCACAUCAAGAUCUGUGACUUCGGCCUCGCUGUUGAAGGAAUGAUCGGCGGAAAGAAGAUCAGCGGAUUGACAGGAACACCUGGAUACCGUGCGCCGGAGGUUUUGUCAUUGGAGAAGUACGAUGCUGCAGUGGACUGGUGGUCCUUCGGGGUCAUCAUGUACGAAAUGGCCACCGGCAGACAGCCAUUUGCCCCAUCACUGGUUUCUGCACAGGAGUUGUUUGAGAUUAAGGAGAGAAAGCUUGAAUACCCGCGUCACAUGAGCCAGGAAAUGCUGGACCUUCUGCCAAAGCUUCUGGAGAUGAACAAGAGCAAACGCUUAGGAGUAAAUGGCAACAUCAGGAAGCACUCAUUCUAUGCCAGAAUCAACUGGAGUGAGCUGGAAAACAGAAAAAUAAAGGCACCUUUCCAGCCCAAAAUUCCACCAGCAGAUAAGUUACCAAUCAUACAUCCAGGAUUCUGCGCUGAGACAUCUAAGAGAGCUAAUGUGCAAGGCUUCUCCGAUGUGGAUUCCAACUGGAAAUGGCAGGAGUAAAGUGUUUUCUGUGCUCAUGUGGACUAACCUCAAACUCCCUGUACAGCAAGUGAUGACGGCAACGUACCAUUCAUGGCCAAUUCCAUCAAUGAAUAUCAGAUCUGCCGUCUACUGUCUAGUGCAAGUGUACAAGUGUCUGUCUGUACAGCCAACUACACCAACACCACAUGGGAUCCUUGACAGAAAGUAGAAAGAACUCGAGGCAUAGUGCACACAAUACAUCACAGGAGGCCCCACCAGAAGAAAGGAAUAGCUGCAGUCCGGAUUUUCUAAAUGGACUUUCUAACAGACCCUUGGAUAAGGGUAAAAAUGUAUACUGAACAUACAGUGCACUUAUGGUAAUCCAGUGCACUGUUAAUUAACACCGUUCAGUAUACUUCAGUUUCUUUAUAUAAGGUAAGGUUUAGGGGUAAGUAUAGCAUUAAGUAAGUUUACUUCCUUUUCUAACUUCCAUCCCAUUGUUUUACUGUUUUCUUAUAGAUAGGAUGUUAUAUAGAAAUAGAAAUGUUAGGAUUCCUUCUCCUCUUUACCCCUGUCCCAUUCUUUUCUUUUACCAUUUUCUUUUC